UAAGUGUGGCGGUUCGUUUUAGAUUUGGUAAAAGAAGCAGGUUGCGGCUUAUUGAACUAAUGAGGAGUCGCUAUGUGCCUAGCCGCUGUAUUAUUUGUUAUGCUAAACGCAGUGUCAGCGUUGUUUUCGUUCGCUUGGUUGGUCAUAUUGCCAGUGUGCGGCGUGGCUUUUGGUGCACAAGCGUUUUCGUCGCUGUCCGUCGCCGUAACAGCAUCCCUGGUUGCAAGAAAAUUGAUUCCGCGCUUAAUAAAACAAUGCAUUCCUUUUCUGGAGCUCAUGGUUACAAUGUCAGCCCUGGUCUUUCCACUUGUAUACAUUCCACCCUGGGCCUGUCAAACGAACCUGACUCUUCUGGCUCUCCUUGAUCCUUUCUUCAUCGUAAUAGAAGUGCUCCAUAUGCUCAGCUUUGUUCGCUGGUGCAAUGUGCAGACGCAAGCGGGAAUCGACAACCAGCCAGGGAUUUGCAAAGUUCUUGUGCUGUCCUUUGCUAUAGCCAGCUGGAUUUCUUCUAUUUUCUUGCUGCUAAACAUUCUUCAAGAAUCUCACACAAGGUUUCUGGCAGCAUUUCUUGUACUUACUGUUCUAGCUCAUGUCACCUGCCUGUAUGUGGACUCGGGUAUCAUAAGUGAUGCGGCAUUGGUUCUUUUAAUAUCCUUGCUAUUAAUGCAACUGGGCCCCUAUGAGACGAAGAUUCAUGAGACUCUUUGUACGGCCGUGCAGUCUAAUCACCCAGAGCCAUGGAGUGGAACGCUUCUGGGGAUGCUCUCCGGCCUUCCUGGCAUGACUGCUGGCGCUAUGUCUCGCACGGUGUCUGCGAUGGGUGCGCUGACGAGCCCUCUGUUCUGGAUCAGCGUCUUGGUGCGCGUCGUCCUCGUGGUGCCCGCUCUGCUCAGGUUGUGCGCUCUGAGGGAGGCAGGCAGCGAUAACGAUGGCGCAUCGCUGGUCCGCGCUACUGCCACGGCGAUCGGCUUGGCGGUGUACACGCAGGCGCUGUGGCGCCACUUGGACGGCUGCCGCCUCCUGCACUGCGCGCCGGCCAUGACGAGGCCCGCGCAGGCGCUGCUCUUCACACUGGGCUACACUGUUCAAGCACUGUGGGAGCAACGUGGGCGCCUGGCGGACGACUGGUGAGGCCGUUUGGGCGGGGAAGAGCGCGUGAUUUGCAAAGCAAUAAAGACAGACAAGUUUUCUUUUCUUUCUUCUA